CCGGGAAUGCUGGGCCCCUAUGCUGGCCCUGUGCCUGAGGCUCGAGGACUUGCCUCAUGCCUGUUGGGGCUUCUGACCCUGACAGAGGAGACCCAGAUCACCAGCUCCUUGAAGGAGGGGCGCAGGCGGUGGGAGGUAGGGGCCGCGAGAGCAGCCCCGGUCCCUCUCGGUCACUACCACCUCCUCCCCCCGUCUCACUGCUGCCGCCCCUCGCUUGCUCCUGAUGGGCCUGCUUGGGUCACGAGCCGACUGUUCCAGUUCCUCUUUUCCCGGUCGUUUUGCCCUCCCCCACCCACAGCUUGUUGGGUAAACAGCGGCUCAGACUGGGCUGGUGGAAUCUGGUGUUCUCGGCCAGAGCUUCUGCUCCCUUCUUUUCUCCAGAGUGUCCAGGAAUCUGCUACACCAUUUUUGACUUGGGUUUCCGCUUUGAUGUGGCAUGGUUCCUGACUGAGACUUCCCCCUUCAUGUGGUCAAACUUGGGCAUUGGUCUGGCUAUCUCCCUGUCUGUGGUUGGGGCAGCAUGGGGCAUCUAUAUUACUGGCUCUUCUAUCAUUGGGGGAGGGGUGAAGGCCCCCAGGAUCAAGACCAAGAACCUGGUCAGCAUCAUCUUCUGUGAGGCUGUGGCCAUCUAUGGCAUCAUCAUGGCAAUUGUGAUUAGCAACAUGGCUGAGCCUUUCAGUGCCACUGACCCCCAGGCCAUUGGACAUCGAAACUACCAUGCAGGCUACUCCAUGUUUGGGGCAGGCCUCACAGUGGGCCUGUCUAAUCUCUUCUGUGGAGUCUGCGUGGGCAUCGUGGGCAGUGGAGCUGCCCUGGCUGAUGCACAGAACCCCAGCCUCUUUGUAAAGAUUCUCAUCGUGGAGAUCUUUGGCAGUGCCAUUGGCCUCUUUGGGGUCAUUGUUGCAAUCCUUCAGACCUCGAGAGUGAAGAUGGGUGACUAGAUGAUCUGUAUGGGUGGGGCUGUGUCCCACUCUUAUUUAUUUGUGGUUUUCCUGGGACAGCUGGAGCUGUCAUCCUUGGCCUUUCAGGGGGCUUGUGUUCAAGAGCCCUCCCUGCACUCACUUGUUUGUCAACUCGGAAGCACUGCCUGGCUGGAGCCUCAGUGUGGGAAGUGGGUCACUGAUGACCGUGUGCAGCUG